UUGAGGCCUUUCCGCCGCGGCAGCCAUUGAGGAGCGGCAGGUUAGUGAAGCCUAGCGUACCAUCCGCUGCCAUCCGGACCCUUGGGGCCCCAGUGCAUCUCGGGGCCAUGGCUCUGCGCUACCCCAUGGCCGUGGGCCUCAACAAGGGCCACAAGGUGACCAAGAACGUGAGCAAGCCGAGGCACAGCCGCCGCCGUGGGCGCCUCACCAAGCACACCAAGUUCGUGCGGGACAUGAUCCGGGAGGUGUGCGGCUUUGCCCCUUAUGAGCGGCGCGCCAUGGAGCUGCUCAAGGUCUCCAAGGACAAGCGGGCCCUCAAGUUCAUCAAGAAAAGGGUGGGGACACACAUCCGUGCCAAGAGAAAGAGAGAGGAGCUGAGCAAUGUCCUGGCCGCCAUGAGGAAGGCGGCAGCCAAGAAGGACUGAGCCCUUCCCCUCUGUGCACAAUAAAACUUUUCCAGAAACUUGGGGUCUCUGUGCUGCCGGUGGGAAAGGGGGGGCCCAUCUGCUGGGGCACACGUGUCCCUGGGCACCUUGGUUGCGGGCAGGGUGGUGAGCACAGAAAGAAGCCACAGCCAACCAAGCAGUACUGUAAACGGCUUUUAAUCAUAAUUAAAUAGUCAGUGAUUAA